AUGUGCCCAAAUUAUUAUUCAUUAGUUGGAUCUACAAGUUGUUCCGCUUGUGAUUCUUUGUGUGCGAAUUGUAGCCAAAUUAACGGAAGUUGUCUUUCUUGUUAUAAAGGGUCUCGAUUAUCCGAAGGUAAAUGUGUAGUAUGUCAAGCAGGAACAUUUCAAAGCGGAAACAAUUGCUAUCCAUGCUGUGGUGAAAAUAAUUAUUCUCUUGUAAAUAGUACAGAAUGUACUAAAUGUUCUAAUUGUACAACAUGUGAAAGACAAACAGACCGGUGCACUUCAUGUGAAGAAGGAUAUACCAUAAAUAAUGGUUUGUGUUUGAUUUGUGCAAGUGGCACAUUUUACAAUGAAACAGAAAAAACAUGUCAAAAGUGUCCCAAAGGGACGUAUUCACCAUCACCAGGAAGUGCAAACUGUAUAGAAUGUCCAAUUGGCUCUUACUCUGACAAUGAGGGAGGAACAUCAUGUAAAUAA